AUGGCCUGCGGGCGACAGGAUCCCCGGCUGCGGGACCGAAACCGUGCCUGCCCCGAGGGCACACCGCGCCGCGUUCCUCUCCUCGCCGCCGCGGACACCGUCCCGCCGGGCGGAGGCCCCGUGACGGGCCGCCUCGGGACAGCGAGCUGGCGGCGGGAAGCGCACGCCUCCCCGAGGGCGCCGGGCCCUGCGCUGAUCACCGGUCGCUGCUGGCCUGAAGGGCGUGGCUACCUCCGUGCCGAGCUCGGCCUCGGCAGCGAUGACCGCCCUCCAGGUUCGCUCUCAGCUCGGCGAACGGCGACGGGAACCGACACGACCCCCUCGAGCAACAAGGACUCGCACGGCCGACCCCGAAACACUGACGGAUUGGACCGCCCCUGCCCUCAUGCAGUUUUGUCAGCCUGGAGCGAUGGAACCUGCUCUCUGUGGGCCCCCUGGACCCAGGUGUCCUUGCACCCCUGCACCCUGGCUGCAAGAGGACAAGCCAGCCCGGUAUUACACCGUGACUUCCCAAUUUCUAGUCGCAGGGCAUUAAGUCACAAGCCUGGGGGACCCCGGGGGGCUCGUUUGGGGAAACGUCUGGCUUUGGCUUGGGUCAUGAUCUCUGGGCCCUGGGAUGGAGCCUUUAUCGGGCUCCCUGCUCAAAUGGGGCAUCAGCUUCUCCCUCUUCCUCUCCUCCCUGCUCGUGCUCGCUCUCUAUCUCAGAUAAAUAAAUCUUAAAAAAAAAUAAAUAAAAGACACAAUACACUCUGGGGAAGAGACAGCCAGUGUUCCCUUGGGCUUCCAGGUGAAGCACUGGAAUUUGGACUUCCUUCUCAGUUACCCAGUGUCAACUGUGGGAAAGAAUCUGGGAAUUUCACUGCAGAGAGCUGUUUGCCCCUUUGGUCCCGUCAUCACAGGUCCUGCAGUACAGUGAGCAGCAGCCUUCUGCCCUUUGCUUUCCUCCUCCUUCCUGGAGGGCACUUAACUGAGCAGGGUAUUACCCUGCUGCCUCACCACACACGAAUCCCUUCCCUGAAGGUACUGGUACUUUACCUCACUCCCCUCACCAAAAACAGGCCAUGCUUUGUAUGAGAUAGAAAUGCAUCUAGUCCUCAACUGUGUGGAAGUCCUAGCUCCCAUGGAGGAAAUUCUUUCACAAAGUCUACAUAUGUCAACUGUCACUGCACACUUCAAAUAAUCUUACAAUUUCGUCAGGUACACCCCAGAGAAGCUGGAAAAACAACGUCUCCCAACUCCCCUCCUCUCUACUGCCCCUACCAAAGCCAGGUGAACAGGGAAAAUACCAAGAAACACUAACGUCUGAGGCCAAAGUAAUUGUCCAUAUGUAUUCUCACCUUCCCCCUUCUAGGAGAGCUCCUGAGUAUUCUCUGGGCAUAAGGUUGCGCAAAUAAAAAUACUUUCCACUCUUGCAGCAAGAGACUUGCACACGAAGUUCUGGCCAAUGAGAUGGGUGGAGAGCGAAGGUGGUACAGGGUUACACCUUCUUUUAAGGGUUCCUUAAAAGAAAGGAACAAUCUACUUCCCUUCCCAACUUGCCAUUAGGCACACAUACAGGUGGUAAGGCAUGUUACAUUGCUGAGAAGGAAAUGGGUCCCCAAACUCAAGGAUCAGAAUCUCACUGCCAUCACCACCCCUACAUACCUACUUAAGACUUUUUUGCAGCUUUAUUGAGGUAUAACUGGCAAAUAAAACUUGUUAUUUAAGGUAUACAACCUGAUAUUUUAAUUUACGUAUGUUGUAAAAUGAUCACACUUAAGCUAAGGAACAUAUCACUUCAUAUAGUUACCAUUUUGUGUGUGGUGAGUACACUUAAGAUCUACCCUUAGGGACGCUUGGGUGGCUCAGUGGUUGAUCCGCUGCCUUUGGCUUGGGGCAUGAUCCUGGGGUCCUGGAAUUGAGUCCCACAUCAGGCUCCCCAUAGGAAGCCGGCUUCUCCCUCUACCUAUGUCUCUGUGUCUCUCAUGAAUAAAUAAAUAAAAACUUUUAGCAAAUUUCAAGUACACAAUACAAUAUUGUGAACUAUAAACACAGUGCUGUACAUUAGAUUUCUAGUUUAGACUUUUAAAUAAAAGAUAAGUAAAUUUCCAUCUUUCUUGCUUCUGUUAAAGCAACCAAAUCAGUGCCCUAACAAAUCAAAGCUACUCCCACGAUUUCACCUGCUUCUUCUGAGGUCAUCCCAGGGACCCAGGCAUACUAUCCUGUUUUGGAAUAGUUACAAGUUCUCACACUCCCCCAUCCACAGAGUCCCUGACAGCUUCUCAAGACCAGGAAGGAUAUCUUUUAUUUCCAAUGAAUCCUCUGCACCCAGUUACAGUCUUGGUAACCUAGACCAUCUUUCCUGGAUGAAUGCUGACUGGCUCAGUGGCAAAAGUGGAUGGGAUGCAGGGGUGAAGAGAGGGACAGGCAAACAGAGAGAGACAGAAAG